AUGAGGCUUCCGAUCAAUAGGAAGCCACAGGCAUUCGUCGGAUGUCUUCUCUUUGGUUUCCUGGCCCUCCUAUCCUAUGGCUUGUGUGUCGUGCGCCAGCCACCCGCUUGGUGGAAGGCCGGGCAUCGCCGGCAGCGUCCAGGAAGCGUCGCAGAGGCUGAGCUCCUCUCGCACCUGGCGGUGCUUCUGCAGCCAGAGGAGCCUAUCGAAGAGCUGUUCCGAGACUUUCCGGUGGAGCCGAGCCAGGGAUGGGGGAGAAACAAAUUGAGUCCAGAUCUGACGGUCUACGGCGCUUUCCAGACAAAAGAAGCGGCUCUUUUUUUGGAGUACGAUGGAUACUACCGCCAUCUCUCGCCAGAAGGGAUAGCAGCUGACAGCCGCAAGAACAAAGCACUCCUUGACUUUGCGCCAGCUGGAUCGCACGUGUUACGCAUCGCCCAUGCCCAUCGGGGAUUGGAGCUUUCCUGCGAGAUGGGAGAAGUUGUUGUCGACGUAUGGCAGCGGGGCCACGAAGCGUCGUUGAUCAAGGCCCUCCGUAAAGUCGUCACAGUCUUGGAGAAACAACUGGGAAGUGCAUUUCGGCCUGAUCUACGAGCAAAGUUGCAGGCCUUUGCGGGGACUCCUGGCAGUAUCGGUCGGCACGAAGCAGUGGAGUUUACGAAACAAACAGAAACGAACCGAGGGCUUGAGUUCGAUCCGUUGCCUCUGCAUCAGUUUCUGCAGUCGCAGCUGGCUUUGUCGUCUUCGCAGGCGGAAGCACUGCUGGGAAAAUGCCCUGCUCUGGCACGCUGCCACAUUAAAAACAAACUUCAGCCAACGAUGCAGUUCCUCGAAGACUUGGGCCUCGAAAAGGCUCAGGUGGCCAAAGUGCUUCUUCGAUGUCCGCAAGUUUUGGGCUACAGCGUCGGAGAGAACUUGAAGCCCACGGUCCGUUGGCUUCGAGACCUGGGAGUGUCCAAAGCUGAGGUGGCCAAAGUGAUUGCUCGAUCUCCACAAGUUUUGGGCUACAGCAUCGGAGAGAACUUGAAGCCGACAGUCCAGUGGCUUCGAGACCUGGGAGUGUCGAAAGCUGAGGUGGCCAAAGUGAUUGCUCGAUCUCCGCAAGUUUUGGGCUACAGCAUCGGAGAGAACUUGAAGCCGACGGUCCAGUGGCUUCGAGACCUGGGAGUGUCGAAAGCUGAGGUGGCCAAAGUGAUUGCUCGAUCUCCGCAAGUUUUGGGCUACAGCAUCGGAGAGAACUUGAAGCCGACAGUCCAGUGGCUUCGAGACCUGGGAGUGUCGAAAGCUGAGGUGGCCAAAGUGAUUGCUCGAUCUCCGCAAGUUUUGGGCUGCAGCAUCGGAGAGAACUUGAAGCCCACGGCCCAGUGGCUUCGAGACCUGGGAGUGUCGAAAGCUGAGGUGGCCAAAGUGAUUCCUCGAUGUCCGCAAGUUUUAGGCUGCAGCAUCGAAGGCAACUUGAAGCCCACGGUCCGUUGGCUUCGAGACCUGGGAGUGUCCAAAGUCCAGGUGACCAAAGUGAUUGCCCGAUUUCCUGCAGUUUUGGGCUGCAGCAUCGGAGAGAACUUGAAGCCCACGGCCCAGUGGCUUCGAGACCUGGGAGUGUCGAAACCUGAGGUGGCCAAAGUGAUUCUUCGAUGUCCGGCAGUUUUGGGCUGCAGCCUCGAAGAGAACUUGAAGCCCACGGUCCGUUGGCUUCGAGACCUGGGAGUGUCGAAAGCUGAGGUGGCCAAAGUGAUUGCUCGAUCUCCGCAAGUUUUGGGCUGCAGCCUCGAAGAGAACUUGAAGCCGACAGUCCAGUGGCUUCGAGACCUGGGAGUGUCGAAAGCUGAGGUGGCCAAAGUGAUUGCUCGAUUUCCGCAAGUUUUGGGCUACAGCAUCGGAGAGAACUUGAAGCCGACAGUCCAGUGGCUUCGAGAUAUGGGAGUGUCGAAAGCUGAGGUGGCCAAAGUAAUUGCUCGACUUCCGCAAUUUUUGGGCUGCAGCAUCGAAGGCAACUUGAAGCCCACUGUCCAGUGGCUUUGGGAGCUGGGAUUGUCCAAAGUCCAGGUGACCAAAGUGAUUGCUCGAUUUCCUGCAGUUUUGGGCUACAGCAUCGAAGAAAACUUAAAGCCAACAGUCCAGUGGCUCCGAGACAUGGGUUUGUCGAAAGCUGAAGUUGCCAAAGUGAUAUUCAGCUGGCCGGCGAUUCUGUCACUAAGCAUCGAAACCAAUUUGAAGCCCAAGGCACGUCAGUUGUUGGAGUGGUUUCCCUCUCAGCAUGUUCGCAGGCUGCUUCUCCGCAAUCCGUAUAUGUUUGGCCGAAGUCUGACACGCUGGCUUCGCCGAUCGGAGGUUCUCAAGCAAUGCAAGAAGCUUGCCGUGUUUGGGUCCGCAGUGACAUUGACAGAUGCUGCUUUUGACUCGAGAUACGUCAGUAAGCGGGAAGAGCUGGGCGAAAAGUAA